AUGGACAAGCGCUGUUUCCGUCAGGUUCCACGAUCUGAUUUAAAGUCUUUUGGACGGACAAUUCCAAGUUUAGAGCAUUACAGAAGCUCAAAAGAGCAGGAUGCUGAACAAAUACUUGUUCAUAUUCACAUUCUUUACCAUUUUAUUUCUGCCCCCAACUUUUGUCGCUACUUUUUUCGGAAACAGCUUGUUCACUUCGCCGUCGGGCGGUGGAGGCUCGACUCCAGGCAGCGACGAAAAAGCACCACCUGA